AUGACCGGAGGUGACGCUGUUGUGCUGCCCAUCAUCAAUCUCGAUCGAUAUAUCCACCCGCAUUCCCCUCAGGACCGUGAAGCCGUCAUCGCAGAGGUCCGGGAAGCGUGUCAGAAGUAUGGCUUCUUUCAAAUUGAGGGCCACGGCGUGACCUCAGCUUCACAGAACGGGCUAUUUCAGGCUCUGAACAACCUUUUCAGCCUUCCCAAGGAGGAUAAGGUUGAAAUGUCAUUCCUUAAAAACCCAUGUCGCCGUGGAUACGAGGCGUCGGGAAUGACACUUCGAGAUGGAGACGACUUACCAGACUCAAAAGAGGCCUUCUACAUCGGUCGGGAUGACCCCGUCAUCGAGCCUCCCGGGUUUCACGGUCCGAAUAUCUGGCCUGAUCUCCCAGUAGACCAGUUCAAAGAGCCAGUGUCGGACUACUACGACCAGACUUCCGAGUUAGGGAAAACCAUUUGGCAAAUCCUCUUGCAGGGCCUCGGUUACUCCACUAACCUCAUGGAGAGCUUCACCAAACGCCCCAUUAUCAUGAUGAAGAUGAUCCGUUACCCACCAACCAGCGCAACAUUGCCUGGCCAGUUCGGUGUUGGUGCUCAUUCCGACUUUGGGGGUGUCACUGUCUUGCUUCAACAGCCUGACAGGGAAGGUCUGGAGGUUUGGCACGAUGAGACAGAGCAGUGGUUGCCGGUCCCCUCGAUCGAAAAUGUGCUUGUUAUCAACUGCGGCGACAUGAUCCAGAAAUGGUCAGGAGGUGUAUACAGAAGCGCCAAGCACAGAGUCAUUAACAAGUCUGAUUCCGAACGCCUUUCAUGUGCUACAUUUUGGCACGGCGACUUCGACGCCACAAACCCUCUGAAUCCAAACGAUCCUAACAAAGACACCGUGGGCCAGCUGCUGGUGAGACGUUUUGCGAAUCAAUUUUCCCUUGCAAAGGAGGUGGUUUCUGGGGCCCAGUAA